CUCACCAAACCCAGCUGGCGUAGUUGAAUGCAACGCCUCUUUUGAACCAGCUUCAUUAGCAAAAGAAUCCUGCAAACGAAAGCGUACAUGCGAAACAUCCCCUCAUCAUGCCCACCGCUGAAGAUCAUCUCAAAACUGUCGUUGACGGCCUGCUUGGCACAUUAUUCAACGACCGUCAAUACGACCGCAAGAGCGAAUUCCUCCACGACGAAUUUAUCAAGCACCCACAUGAUGGAAAGCCAGACAUGUCUGGCGAGGAGAUGAUCAAGCAGUUCGCGGACUUGGCGAACCAGUUUCCGGACAUAAAAAGCGUGGUAAAGAAAAGCAUUGCGAACGCUGAUCAUGUAUGGCUGUGGACGAAGGUCGAGGGGCUACCCGAGGGCUUCAAUCUCGAAAUUGUUGAGAUAUGCAGAUUGGUAGACGGAAAGAUCAUCGAGAAGUGGGACAUACAUCAGCAAACUAUAGCUGGGAGCCAGUGACCGAGGGGUGAAAGAUGGUGAUAGCAGAUCGCAGAAUUAUUUUGGCCUAUUGAAUUGUAGAUGAGCCCAGUAGAAAUGAAAAUGAGAUAAUGUGAUGCUG